AAUUACAUCGUAUUCCUUACUCCUUCGCCUUCCUUUUUUCCUUUGCUUUCACAAAUGGAAAUUUGACAACACACACGCCGGCGCACAUCUAUUAAAGUAACUCCCCCCAAUUUUAAUCACUCCUCUCUUUCUUCUUUGGAUAUGGUAAGUAAAUAAACAGCUUUAAAUUUGGUUGAUUUUCCUUCCAAGUUUCACCUUCUCUACCCAUAUUUGUUCGUUUCUUUAUGAACGACUCCUUUUUCCCAAUACCCAAUUCAGACUUUGGUUACAGUUUAGUUUACGAGCAAUAGAAACAAUAACCAUCUACAGUUUUAAUCUGGCAUUUUAGUUGGCAAGUUGAUUGUACUUGUUUGAUGCUUUGAAGCUAUUGUUGGUUGAUUGUUGUCAUACAAGGAAGGUGAGUGCCAUGUGCUUGUAGAUUAUCUUGCAAACUGUGUCUCUAUGGCGUUCAAACCUUUUUAUGAAAGAAACCUCCAAUCCCCUACUUCUUACAUGGAGGGUGUUGUGGUGAAUACCAAUUGGGAUGAUGUGAUUUGCCCGAUAUGUUUGGAUGUCCCCCACAAUGGUGUACUCCUCCAAUGCACAUCUUACGAGAAAGGUUGCCGUCCUUUUGUUUGUGACACAGACCACUUGCAUUCAAAUUGUUUGGAUCGAUUCAAAAAUGCGAAUGGGAUGUCAUGCCCUUCAACAUCUCAUACAAUUUCUACAACAACAAGCAUUCAGCUAACAGUAUCUGAAGACGACUGCAAGCCUGCUUGCCCCUUAUGUAGAGGGGAAGUCACCGGAUGGUUUGUUGUUGAUAAGGCUCGUCUACUUCUAGAUAAGAAGAAGCGUUUUUGUGAGGCGGAGCAGUGCUCAUUCGCAGGCACCUACUCAGACCUACAGAAGCAUGCUCAAUUAGAGCAUCCCCAUGCACGUCCUUCGAGAAUCGAUCCUGCUCGGCAGCUUGAUUGGGAAAAUCUUCAGCAGUCCUCUGAGAUAAUAGAUGUUUUGAGCACUAUACAUUCAGAAGUCCCACGUGGGGUGGUUCUUGGGGACUAUGUAAUUGAAUAUGGUGAAGAUGAAUCUGGAGAUGAGUUUGAUGACUUCCCCGGUGAGGGCAACUGGUGGACCUCUUGUAUUUUAUAUCAGGUGUUUGAUAACUUGAGGAUUUCUAGAAAUAGAAGGAGACCAAGAGUGACCGAUUCUAGAAGGGGAAAUCGUCGAUCUAGUUAUGCUUCGUCAAAUUCUGAUGAGGGUUCAGUGGCUUCUGUAGAAUAUGCAGAAUAUAGAGUAGAUGAGACUGAUGAUGAGUUUGUAAGCAGAAGUGCCCCCUCCCGAGGUAGCUUUGGCUACCGGAGUUCACCAAGACGUCGCUCCCGCUUUUAUGACAAUUGAAGCGAAGCGUUAAUCGUGUAGAAGUGGAAAGCAAAUUAGACACAUUGGUGCAGGGCCAGCAGAUAGUUUUAGAUUUGAAAACAUGUGAAAAGAAUAUAUGAUUGAACUUCUUAUGGUUGUGGUUAGAUUUGAAUUUCAAAGAAAUGGAAUUUAAAGUUAAAUUAUUCGUA